AUGUCAGCAGUAGUGUUGCGGAGUUAGUGUGUUUAUUACACAGCUAUCACACACACACACACACACACACUCUCUCUACUAAUGCACGGGAUGCAUUAUGGUGCACUCUGUGCUGAUUUAUGGUCUGGUGUUAAUUAUGCAUGAUGAGAUGCACAGUGCAGGGUGAAAAACAGACCCAUCGUCAGUUCCAUCACAUCCGCUGCAUCACGUGCGCGCGGUUUCAGCGGCUGGACGAGGCGCGUUCAUGUGCGCGAGGAGGAAACUGUGCAGUAAGAGUGCUGCGUGUCUCAUGCAGUCGUGUUCUCUCAGACAGCAUGGCCGUGGAAAAGCGCUUGGCGUAUUCCAUUGUGCAGUUCCUCCGAGACCAGACGCACUCAGGGUCACUAAACUCUGACGAGCAGGAAAGCCUCGAAGUCGCGAUACAGUGUUUAGAGACGACGUUUAAGAUCAGCUCCAGCGACGGGCAGCUCGCAGCUCCACAACCCCUCAGAGAGAUCUUCCUCAACGCGCUGCUCAAGAACGACAUUGUGGCGUCACAAGAGACGUCUCCGUCUGCAGAGGACAUAGAGCGAGCCGAGCAGCUGAAAAACGAAGGAAACAACCACAUGAAGGAGGAGAACUACAGCUGUGCGCUGGACUGCUACACAAAAGCCGUCCAUCUGGACCAGAGAAAUGCAGUUUACUUCUGUAACAGGGCUGCAGCACACAGCAAGCUGGGAAAUUACACGGAAGCGAUUGGAGACUGCGAGCGCGCCAUCGCUAUCGACCCCACCUACAGUAAAGCGUACGGACGAAUGGGAUUGGCGCUGGCUGCCAUGAGCAAGUUUCCCGAAGCCAUCACUUACUUUAAGAAGGCGCUGGUACUGGAUCCGGAAAACGACACCUACAAAUCCAACUUAAAGACGGCUGAGCAAAAAAAGAGAGAAUCCUCGGGUUCUACGGUGUCCAGACUGGGCUUCGACAUGGCCAGCCUCAUUAACAACCCAGCGUUCAUUAGCAUGGCUGCCAGCGUGAUGCAAAACCAGCAGGUUCAGCAGCUGAUGUCGGGGAUGAUGUCUAACGCAGUGGGAGGUCCAGCAGCAGGAGUCGGGGGAAUGUCUGAUAUCUCCAGCCUUAUUGAAGCUGGUCAGCAGUUUGCUCAGCAGAUUCAGCAGCAGAACCCGGAGCUGAUAGAACAGUUGAGGAACCACAUCCGCAGUCAGUCGUUCAGCGGCAGUCCUGAGGAACGCUCCUGAUCCACACGCUGUCUAGUCUGAGCGCCGGUGUGGGCGAGCGAGAGGAGAGAGAGAGAGAAGGCGUGGCACUUUACCUGGAACUGAGAACACGGGUGUAAAAACUUUCACACUACACGACUUUCCUCAUUAAUUCAUCAUCGCUGUGAGCUUCUCAUGUUCUAGACUUCUCAUGUUCUAAAGGUUCUUAGUAGACGUUCUGUUAAUUCCAGGACGUAAUCGUCUUUAUUAAUCACGUUACAUCACCGUCUAACUGUACGAUCUGUAGCCAAUCACAGACAACCUGUUCAUAUCACCCAAUGGUGUCAUGAUGAAGGUAAACCUGCAUAGCAACAAGCAGAUGAUUGGACGUUGCUGCACCAUGUGACUUAUAACACACUUAUUUUUACUUGCUGAGCUUUUAGUUUUUCCUGUUUUUUAAUUUUUGUAAACAGUGAAUUAAAGGUGCAGUGUGUAAAGUUUAAAA